AUGCUCAGCUGCACGGAAACCAUGUUCCAUGAGAUCAGAGCCCAACCAGAGGCUCAAGGUCUAGACCCAUGGGCGCCAUUUGCAGACACAGAGGAAUGGGGACUUGUGAAAUGGUUGGUAUCCCAUGUGGGACAAAAUGUGAUAGACGAGUUCAUGAAACUACCAAUUACGAGCAGCUUUAAUAUGUCAUUCACAAGCAAGUACACUCUGAUGAAAGCAAUCGAUCAGCUUCCCUGUGGCAUGGAAUGGCAGUUGAAGAGAAUAAGUGUAGAGGGGAACAAACUUACCAAUGACCAGCAAUGCAAAACUGAGGAGCUUGAAUUGUGGUUGCAGGACCCAGUCGACUGCAUCCACGAACUCAUGGCCAAUCCAGAGUUCAAUCACAUGGUAUCAUAUGUGCCAGAGAGGGUAUUUUCAGACACAGAGGGCAAGACAAGGCAGUUUGAUGAAAUGUGGACUGGUGACUGGUGGUGGGAGAUGCAAGGAAGAUUGCCUCAAGGGGCUGUUGUUGCACCUGUUAUCCUAGCGUCUGAUAAGACUUCACUUUUGCAGUUCCGGGGAGACCAGGAGGUUUGGCCUCCAUCCAAACAUGCCACCAUCCUCAUCACAUACUUACCAAUCUCAAAGUUAGAAUGCUUCACACGAGAUACAUGUUCCCUCAAACAUUAUCAGCCAUUGGUCAGGGCCGGUGUUGAAGGAGUCAAUGUCACCUGCCCUGAUCGUCAAGUAAGGUGGAUGUAUCCCAUUGUGGCAGCAUGUUGCCUGGUGGCAUGCUGCAUGGAGAAUCGGUGCCCAAAGUGUGUUGUGGGUCGCAACGAGUGCGGGGACAUGGGGAAGUUGGCAAUGCACAAUCAAGACUCCACAGUCGAAAAUCUGCGCUUGCACUCAAUCUACUCACCGUUCUGGGCGACACUUCCACACAACGACAUCUUCUCUUGUCUCACCCCUGACAUUCUACAUCAGCUGCACAAAGGUGUUUUUAAGGAUCACAUUGAAAAACUUGACACACGGUUCAAGGAGAUGAUGUCAUAUUCAGGACUCCGACACUUCAAAAAAGGCAUCUCCAAGCAUAAACAAUGGACUGGUUGUGUUUUUCUCAGUGUGAUUGCUGGCGUGGUUGACCACAAAGUUCUCACCACAGUGCAUGGCAUGCACACAGAUGACACACUUGCCUGUAUGCACGCUGCCCUCACCUCAUUCCAUGCCAAUAAGAACCACUUCAACAUUCUGAAAAUUCACUCAAUGAUCCAUUACAUCGAUGUGAUUCGCAUUCUUGGCAGUGCGGAUGGUUUCAAUACUGAACUUCCUGAAUGGCUACACAUUGAUUUUGCCAAGUGGGCAUACUGUGCAUCAAAUUGGCGCAACUAUUCCAUCCACAUCCAAGAUGCCUACCUUCAAUGGUGGGGUUCCCAGCACCCUGUCAAUCAAGGUUCAAACCUGCUGGAGCAAGACUCGGACACCAGUGGCUCUGAUUCAGAAUCAGAUAGUGCAGGACCUGAGAACAGUGUUGACUUACCUUCUCAGGUACAACAGUUCACAAUGGUGACAGACCAGGUCGAUGUCUACAAAUACUGCAAGAUUCUCUCUCCAGCACGACCCCAUAUCAACAACAGAAAGUUGAUUCCUGCAUCAGAUGUGAGGAGACCACCAGCACCUGCACACUUCGACAGUGUGCUGGUGAUUGAAGAUGGGAAUGAUAAGGGUCGUUUUCCAUCACAUCUCGGGAAUUUUCCACAUCCCCUGGCAUACAUUCAUUGGUUUUGGCUGCUUCAAAGCUUUGAUGAAAAUUUGCACAGCUUCCACCUCACCAGGUCUUCACAUCAGUGUGGUCCUAAUGCACUGGUGGUACUGGUCCAUCAAGUUCUUCACCCAUGCCAUCUUAUUCCUUGGGUUGGUCGAGAGUUGGACAUGCAAGAAGAAUUUUAUCUUAAUAGGUACAUUGAUUUGGAGUUGUUCAAGUGCUUGUCUAAAUCCUAG